AUGGCGCACUUACACAUCAAAGAAGGCGAUUAUACGUCAACUAUCUACGGUUUCAUAAAAGAUCAGAAGUUUAAUGAUGCAAUCCAAGUAUUAAAUCAUCAUCUUCAAGGGGAGACUAAGACUCGAGCAGCCCUGUCCCUCCUGGCAUACUGUUACUAUCAGGUGCAGGACUUUGUUAACGCAUCAGAUUGCUAUGAGCAACUGGCAUCGUUACACCCAGAGGUGGAGGAGUACAAACUGUAUUACGCCCAGUCACUGCACAAGGCUUGCUUGUUUCAAGAGGCAAUGAAAGUUGCCUGUCAGAUAGAUAAUCCCAGCUACCAGGGUCGGGUUAUGAAACUCCAAGCUGCUAUCAAAUAUGGUGAAGAAGAUCUGUCAGGGGCUAAGAGUUUAGUGGAGCAGUGCCCCUCUGAUGACCCAGAUACAGAGAUCAACCUAGGAUGUCUUCUUUUUAAGGAAAAGCGAUACGAGGAAGCUUGUGAGAAAUUUAUGGGGGCCAUGCAGGUGGUUGGCUACAAGGCAGACUUGUCCUACAAUAUCGCUCUGUGCCACUACAUGUUGAAACAGUAUGCCCCCGCCCUUAAGCACAUUGCUGACAUUAUAGAGAAGGGCAUACGGGAACACCCAGAGCUGAGUGUUGGUAUGACUACAGAGGGCAUUGAUGUUCGCAGUGUGGGAAACUCUCAGACUUUGCAUGAAACUGCUCUGGUGGAGGCCUUCAAUCUCAAAGCAGCAAUGGAGUACCAGCUGAAAAACUAUGAUGCAGCUGUAGAGGCUUUGACUGAUAUGCCGCCACGAUCCGAGGAAGAACUUGAUGCUGUGACACUGCACAACCAGGCCCUAAUGAACAUGGAGAACUCCCCCACCCAGGGCUUCACUAAACUGCAGUUCUUGCUUCAGCAGAACCCUUUCCCGCCCGAAACAUUUGGCAACCUCCUCUUGUUGUAUGUGAAAUAUGAGUACUAUGACCUUGCUGCUGAUGUCCUGGCAGAAAAUGCUCACCUCACGUACAAGUAUCUGACCCCGUACUUGUACGACUUCCUGGAGGCAGUUAUAACUAGACAAACAUCACCAGAAGAAGCUUACCGGAAGCUGGAUGAAAUGGCCACUGGUCAAACAGAAACUCUACGCAAACUGACCAAACAGGUUCAAGAGUCCAGACAAAACCAUGAUGAAGAAUCUGUAAAGAAGGCAGUCAAUGAAUAUGAUGAGGCAUUAGAAAG